UCACUGAUUGGGAAAAUAUAGCAACAGUUUGGAUAUAUAUAGAUGAGGCUGAAAACCAUCAUCUUAUCCACCCCCAUCGUCAUCAAAGUCUAAAUGCAACUAUUCUGACAUGUUCUUAGUCUGCUAUGUUCUUAACUAUUCAUUGUUGUUUAAUCUGCCUAUUAUACAUCAACAGUAGCUGCCACUAACUGCUGUCAAUAAAGCAGAAACUUAUUUUCCUUGACUCAUGGAGGCACAAUUGUGGUGCAAUAAAACGUACAAUUGUAUAGGGACAGAGACAUCGAGACUUCAAUAUCCACUCCCAUUUUUACACAGAAGUUUGCAGCUACCCUUUUUUCAGCCCUUUAAUUCCUCAUUUCUCCACAGUUUGACUUGUAGACCCAUCCACCUCAAUGCAACAAAGACAUUAGCUACAAGACGUAGAAGAUCAAACAUAGAGACGGACACAUAUGUGCUAAUGGAACCUGGAAAGCCGGAGGAGUUUGUAACUGAGGACGAAUUAAGGGACAGGUUAAAGGGUUGGCUUGAAAAUUGGCCAGGCAAAGCAUUGCCACCAGAUCUUGCAAGAUUUGAAGAUACUGAUGAUGCAGUUCAAUACCUAGUAAAAUCUGUGUGUGAACUUGAAAUUGAUGGAGAUGUGGGUUCCCUUCAGUGGUACCAAGUUCGUUUGCAACAAGACAUGACAUGAAUAGUGACUAAAAUGAAGCCUAUAUAUAAUAUGCCAGUUACAGUUUCUUUGUUACUUGUUCAUUAGUCAUUGGAAUAGGAUAUAUAGUUAGUUGUUGUUAUAUGAGUAUUGGAAACAUAUUCCUCCGAACCGUUUCUAUAUAUGUAUCUUAGUUUAACUGGGGACGCAGUUUGAAAACAAUAAGGGAGACUUUUGAAUUUUUUGAUCUUACAUUAAAGAUGUAUAUAUUGGAUCCAAAUGUUCUUUGAA